AUGGCCGCGGUCAAGGUCAUAAAUCACACUCCUUUCGUUCCCCGUCUACCAAAGGAUGUCCCCCUCCCACCAAGCCCCGCAGAAUCGACCAGUCCGCCACCACCAAUGAAGAAAAAAACGAGAAAGAGCAAGACGAAAGAGAAGGAGAAGGAAAAGGAGAAAGUAAAGGAAGGCAUGCAGCAGACGAAGAGGCAUGGGGAGCAAAAGAGGGAGAACGAGAAUGAACAACACCAAAGCGUGGUACCACAGCCAGAGCCACUGAAACCUCUGACAUGGACAUCCCUGACUGAUUCGAACUCCAAUUCACAUCCACCAAUAUUCACGAAAGACGGGAGUCACUUCUUUUCCAUCGUCGGGGAGAGAAUCAAGAUACAUUCUACAUCAUCUGGCAAGGUCGUUUCUACAUUACCGGGACCACAGGAUGAUGGUCACCAGGAUAUCAUCACAUCUGCUAUCCUCAAUGCACACAAUGCAUUUCAGCUUAUCACCGCAUCUCUGGACGGCACUCUCAAAGUCUGGGAUUUUCUCGAGGGGAUAUUGUUGCUCACGAUCAAUCUCGACCAGCCUAUCCAUCACGUGUGCGCUCAUGAAAAAAUAAAAGAUUACGUUUUUGUUGCCACUGCAAAAGCAAAGAAGGGCAGCGGUGAUGCUGAUGAGCAGCCAAAACCAACCCGGUCUGCAAAAGCUCCUGCAGAAGAGAGCUGCAUUAUUUUACGUGUCUCUCUCAAGCCUCAAAAUCCCGCUUCAGGCGCGAAAUGGCACAAGUCAUCUCAGGUGACGCCAGUUGGCAAGACCAGGUAUACAGCGGGGCUUGCAGUGUCUGCAAGUGGUGAAUGGCUGAUUGCGGUCGCUGGUCACAAGGCCUACGUCGCGCAAGUGUCUGCAUUGAAGUCUGGAUUUACAAAAUAUGUUUCACCCGAUACAUUGACGUGUUUGGCGGUCCAUCCGUUAGAGGAUUACUUCGCAACGGGCGACGCAAAGGGUGUCGUGCGCCUGUGGUACUGCCUGAACCAGGGCAAGCCAGCAGUUGCUAAUGUAGAAAAGCGAUCGCAAACGUCUGAGCUUCAUUGGCAUGCCCACGCGGUUUCAUCUGUUGCGUUCACCACGAACGGGGCAUAUUUACUAUCCGGUGGUGAAGAAGCUGUUCUUGUCAUUUGGCAGCUGCACUCCGGAAAGAAGGAGUUCGUGCCCCGAGUUGGCUCACCCAUCAAAAGUGUUGUGGUCUCGCGCGGUUCUACUGCUGAGGAAGAGUACCUUCUCGGGCUGGCGGAUGCAAGUUUUGCGUUUAUCAGUUCUGCCACGCUCAAGUUAUCGCGAGUUUUCUCUCGCAUAAAAUUAGACUCUGUCACCUCAAGUGCCUGGGCAUCCUCAUCCUCCAUGACACCACUUGCAGUUCACUCGUUGUCAUCGACACUCGUUCUCCCUUCUUCCCAUCCUUCUUCGCUACAGACCUACUCUCCUUCGUCAUCCAUGCUCAUUGCAGAAUUAGAGGUGUCGCCUUCGAAUCGAGUGUCAAGACAGGAAGAAAAGAUGCUAGAACCCUCGCGAGUAGAGCGCGUGGUAAUCUCGUCGUGUGGAGAGUGGAUGGCAACUAUCGACCGGCGAGAAGGAGACGAGUCAUUCCGUGGCGAGAUAUAUCUCAAGAUAUGGUGGUGGGACAAGAAGACUGCUUUUUGGAUAUUGAAUACCAGAGUAGACCGGCCGCAUGGCCUGAACAAGGUCACAUCUAUGUCUUUCAAUCCUUCAGAUGACAUCCAGCUGGUGACUACUGGUGAAGAUAGAAACAUCAAAACUUGGAGAAUACGGAGCACAAAGGAUAAGAAGGGCAACGUAGAAGUUUCCUGGACGUCAAGAUCGUCUUUUGGUUUCCGGUCUGAAAUCCCCAGAGACUCGGCUUGGUCACCAGAUGGUUCUCUUCUGGCUGUUGCGCUUGACUCAUCUGUGGCGUUGUACGAUUCAAUAUCAAACACAUUGCACUUCACCAUAAUGUGUUCAGAAUGCCCAAAAAUAUCGUCCAUACACUUCAUUGGGCAUCAUGGCCAGUAUAUCGCUGUUCUCAGCGGCGCCAACCUUAUUGUCUGCGAUAUUAUUAAGCGUUCUGUACGUUGGCAUCGUCGGCAUUACCACCCAUAUGUCACUCUUGUACCCCAUCCUUAUCAAGAUACCUUCGCAACGAUUCAUCAUUCACCAUCAGAUACAAAUCAUGGGCUCAUGGUCUACUCCGUCUCGUCGUCGACUCCCCUGCUUUCACAAACGUUACCGUUUGGGAUACGGAAUUUAGUUUGGUAUCCCACUUCAAGCCGUUCGCCUCGCAGUCGGACGUUCUCCUUAGUAGGAAUUACACAUGCUUUUGGCGUCGUGCUUCUAGGGCACGACAUCAGCAUAGGCGAUGAGGCAAAUUCGUCAACUAAGGCCCUCCAGAAAGGGCCGGCGGUGCCCAAGCGAUCUCUUUUCGAGGAGAUGUUUGGUGUACCGGCUCUUACCGACGUCUCUCACAACACUGUCUCGUUGUCAAUCGAUACCUCCCUCCCCUGGAAAAGCAGUGAGACGGGAAGUGUCUUUGAUGCCCCCGCUUACCUCAUGCCGCCGAUGGAGAGUCUGUUCGAGCCGUUGAUUAACGGCUUCCUCAAGUUGCGCAUGAAGGAAGAUGUGGAUGAAGAACAUCAGUGUGGCGGCCAGGACGUUGAUGUUGAAAUGCCCGCUGAACCUGUGGACACCGAAGAGCCCGCUUUUAUAGAGAUGGGGAAAGUUUCGAACGACGAAAUCCUCGACACCUUCAUACCAUUCUUUAAGGAUAUCGCAGGUUUACCUGAUUAUCCGUUCCAUACUGACAACCGCCCGGUCCCAUUGACACUCCCAAAGACUCAACCUUCCCAGCAUGCGAAACCCUCACCCCGAUCAGUUGCCUCCCAAAAGGCGACCCCUAAUGCCUCAUCCAAAAAGCAACCUUCUACGCCGUCCGUGCCCGCCAAAGCUGGCAAAAAAAGAAGUAGACAGUCUCUAGGUUGA